AUGAUAAACAGGGCUAGAAAAUUACUAAGGGAAUACUGUGCCCCUGGCUUCCUGAUGCCAUUCAUGACUGGCCCAAAAUCAUCCUUUCAACACGGCUCCCACACUUUAGGAAUUGGACUGAGGAAGAAGUUGGGGAAAAGUGGAGAGCUGCACGAUCCAGGAGGAGUUCUUACAGAGGAACAGCAGUCAGCAGGAUUCGGUCAGGAAGCGAGAGGAGCUGUGCUUAGAGAGCAGGAAAUGUCAGGAACUCAGCCGAAAGGGCAGGAGACAACAGAAGUCCAACCAGACGAGCAAGAGGCAGAAGUCCAACCAGAACGACAAGAGGCAGAGUCCAAUCAGACAAGCAAGAGGCAGAGCCAACAAAAACGAAAAAAGGCAGAAGUCCAACCAGACAAAAGACAGCAAAGCCAGGCAAACGAGCAGGUAGCAGAAGACCUCUUUCGUCUAGAGCUUAUACUAGUAAAUACUCCUGAAUAUUCGUCAGGAACUGAUACUACUGAGUUCAAGACAGCGGAAGCUUCGUCAGAAGAGCAGGUGACAGCAGGAACCCGGCCACGAGAAUCCUCAGAGCUCCUGUCUGCGAAGGAGGAUAUGGUAAACUGGCUUUGGAAAAAGGCACAGAGUUUCACCAAACAGUUCCUGAAGGCAUUCACCCGGUACCUCGACCGCGUUCUCACUAAGACUGUUGAAAUACUGACGGACCUCAUGUCAACAGGCGAGCAGGAUUCUGCAAACUCCGGGGCCUCAGCAGACUACAAAACCGCCAAAAGGUCCAGCGCAGAACUGUCGUCGGGUGAUAUGGAAGACGGCAUCUUGGGUUUCUGUCAUUGCACUUUUGUCCUGAAAGGGGAUUUUUUUAAACUCCUGUGCCAGUCAUGCACCAGCAGCUCAGAAGUGUCGUUGGGUGAUAAGGAAGAGAGCAACAUUGCUCAGUGCACCUUGAUCCUGAAAAGGGACUCUUUUAGACUCCUGUGCUCGUCUUGUGCCAGGACCGAGUAUACCUACGAUAACCAGAACAGCGACGGUGAGGAAAUGGAAGGAGCCGAAUCCGUGACGCAAGAUCAAGAGCAGGAGCAGGAAGGGGACUCGCCAGAGGAGCAGGAGCAGGCGCAGGAAUCAAUAGAAGAGCAGAGUUCGGAUUCACCAGAAGACCAGAAUCAGCAGGAAGCGGCAGGAAAUGAUGACUGGGAUCCAGAACUCGCAAAUGCCAUUAUGUAUCUGGAUGAGAAGGCAUGGCUGGCGAUGACACGACAAAGGAAUUCUGAAUGA